AUGUUCGUUGUAGUGCCAGUUGCAAUAAAUUCCACCAUAAGUAUGAUUAUAAUACUUCAAGAAAUUACACAAAAUAUAAGUUUUUAUGAAUGGUUUAGAAAUAAUAUCAAUACAGCAAUUUUAUUUACAAUAUUAGCUGGUGCGGAUCUUGAAGUAAUAAAUAUACUUUCUUCUGAAGUUGCUGGAAUAAUGUUAUUUAGUGCUCCUAUCGAAAAAAGAACACAAUCUUAUAUAUUUUGGGGAAGUCUUUUAGGAUUUUUAAUUGAGGAUAUUCCUCAAUUUAUAAUACAA